AGAGAAAAGUUAAAGAUAGCGGUCCAUCCAUCCGAUGACGUGUUACAUCGCCGCCUUACUGUGACUUCCGGGUCUGAGUAAACAGUGUGCGGCUGUUCUCAUACAAAUCUGGAAGAUGUCGAAAGUAACGUUUAAAAUCACUCUGACUUCGGACCCUCGGUUACCUUAUAAAGUAUUAAGUGUACCUGAGAGCACACCCUUCACCGCGGUUUUGAAAUUUGCAGCAGAAGAGUUUAAAGUGCCAGCAGCCACAAGUGCUAUCAUCACAAACGAUGGCAUCGGAAUCAACCCCGCACAGACAGCAGGAAAUGUGUUCCUAAAACACGGAUCAGAGCUACGCAUCAUUCCCAGAGAUAGAGUUGGAGGAGAGCGCUGUCCACAGAUGUAACUGUUCAGACUUUCUGUCAAAGAUAAUGAACAUACUUCAGUAUUUAUUGUCUGGCCGUGAGAUGUCAACUCUCAGCUGCUCCAACACGCACCGCUGCAACUCCGAAUCAGAGUACCUCACAAAUCAAAGUGACCACCAUCUAGAAAAUAUAUGAGGGGAAUUAAGAUCCACUAGGUGUUCAUUCACAACGUUUGACAUGCAGCCCAUUAGACUUUUCAAUUUUUGAAUCAUACUCGUUCAUAAUUCAUACUUUCAAAGUCAUUUUGAAGUCACAGUGCAUAAUUUUUGUAUGAAGCCUGUUCAAAUACUGCUGGUAAAACUAAUUUCCAUUUUACUUUGAGUAGACCUGAAAAAUUGAUGAUCGUGUCAUCUUUUGCUUUUUUUAACACUUUAUAGUUUCUAUCAAAGAUACGCAAGCUAUUAUUUCUUCCUUUGAAAACAGCUGUUUUCAGGGCAAGUCUUGAAAAUGUCAAUGUAAUGACACAUUGCUGGUUUGUAGGUCAAUGGUAUCGCCUAUACGAAUGAUACAGAAGUGUGUUUAAACAAGCUCUAAUGCAUAACACAUAUUUCAUAAUGUACUUACAGUACUGUUCAACCAUAACCUUUAGUAAAUAACAUCUUCCCUGGAUAUUAAAAAUGACUAUGUUACGUAAAACUUUUGGAAGGCCUGAUUAUUUUAUCUGUAAAGAAAAGCGAAAAUCUAUUAGUUACUUAAGUCAGCCGUUUUCCUUGUGCAUUAAAAUCAUGGCUUUAAAAAAAACUAAAUAGUACAUUAGGCUAUUAAAUGACAGGCCUUUGCUUUCACGCUCUCCAUUAGUCUUAAGGAUGUGGAGGAGGAGGGUCUUACUGUUCAAUUUUGAUGUCAUAAUAAGCUUUCAUUUGUUUUAAUAAAAGAGCAGACAUGCACUGGCCUUUCCAAACCGCUUAUUACUGAGAAGCGAGGAGAAGUGCAUUAUAAAUACAGCAAGGGCAACAUUAUUCAGACCCGAGCAUGCAACACGUUUUUAAAGGGCAUCGCUUCCCUCCAGCCCCUAUUUGGCAGGCAGUUCGUUCAUUAGUCGUAAAUGUACUCGCCUACGUAAAAUCCCCAAAAAACUGAAAAGUUUACAGAUACUUUUGUUGACAUUGUUGCUUAGUACAUUAAGGAAAGAAUUAAAUAAUGUUGCAUUUGUCAGAUAAACAUGGUCUUUUCAUUUUGUGUUUUGAUGCUGAAUUUUUUCAGUAAUUAAAUAGAUGAAACCAUUAACCAUCUUAUAAA